CAGAAAUGAAGCAGCAUCACUAUCUGAUCACUUGCUUCCCUCUCCAAGGCCACAUCAACCCUACUCUCCAGCUAGCCAAGAACCUCGCCGCCCUCGGCGCCACCGUCACGUUCUCCACCGCCGCCAGCGUCCUCGAAUCCCUACAGCCCGCCCCCGACGGCUUGUCCUACGCCUCCUUCUCCGACGAGAACUUCUCCCUCACUGCGGCCUACCUCGCAAACUUGAGGAAAAAUGGUCCCCAAAAUCUCACCAAGAUUAUCCAAAAGUCCCUCAACGACGGCCGGCCGGUGACCUGCCUGGUCUACAGCCUCCUCAUCCCGUGGGCUUCCACGGUGGCGCGUGACAUGCACGUCCCCUCCGCCUUUCUCGCGAUACAGUGCGCCGCCGCCUUCGCCAUUUAUAGCCGUUUCUUUGGCGGCGGCGGCGUUGAAUCGGAUGGAGGAGGGAUUGAUUCAUCAGUUUGUGUGAAGAUACAAGAUUUGCCUACUUUCUCUAGUUGUGAUUUGCCAACAUUUGUAUUGCCUGAAAACGCCAUCAAUCCGGUCAUGGGGCCUAUGAUGAUAGAGCACAUGAAGGAGCUUGAAACCCUUCCAAAACCACUUGUUCUUCUAAACACAUUUCAAGAACUCGAGCAAGAGGCGAUCGAGGAGCUCGAGAGCAAGCUAAAUGUCCUUGCAAUCGGGCCCUUGAUCGCAACAAGCUACUCAUGUGGUGAGGAGAAUUACAUGGAGUGGUUGGACUCGAAGCCGAAGAAAUCGGUUGUGUACGUUGCAUUUGGUAGUUUGAUGGUGAUCAACAAAGAGCAAAAGGUUGAGAUUUUGCAUGGACUUUUGCGGAGCAAGAGGCCAUUUUUGUGGGUAGUUAGAUCAUCGGAUACCAAGGACAAGGACGAGGACGAGGACGAGGGGAUGACAAAAUUGGUUGAAGAAGAAAUGAAGAAUUGUGAUGGUAUGAUAGUGGCAUGGUGUUCCCAAAUGGAGGUGUUAAGCCAUAAGUCCAUCGGUUGCUUUGUGACGCACUGUGGAUGGAAUUCGACUCUUGAAGGUCUGGUCUGUGGGGUUCCGAUGAUCGGGUGCCCACAUAUUUCUGACCAGACCACGAACGCUAUGCUUGUGGAGAAGGUGUGGGGGAAUGGGGUCAGAGCGAGGGCGAAUGGAGAAGUAGUGCUAAAUAGAGAAGAAUUAAGGGAGUGUUUGGAUGUUGUGAUGGGUGAAGGAGAAAGAGGUGAAGAGAUUAGAAAAAAUGCUUUAAUGUUGAGAGGCAUGGCCAUGGAAGCUGUCAAAGAUGGUGGGUCUAGCUACAAUAAUUUAAGGAAGAUUAUGUUGGAAUAAAAAGAGCAAGACACAAUGCAAGAAUUAAUCAAGAAUGUAUCUUCCACAAAGAGAAUCGAACUAAGAAAGGAAAAGAUCGAGACUUUUUGUAUUUAAUUUAUACUUUCAAAUUUAUCUUAUGAAUUAGUCCAAAGUAUAGGGAAGUUGAACCACAAAAAAAUGCAAAACAAUAUCUCCAAUAUGAAUUUCGAACUAUGUUGUUAUCUAUGAAACUCCAAUUUUAUUUUCUA